UCACCCAUGUUAGACCUUUCGCAACCGGAUUUGACUGUAUGAAAACUGUUAUAGUUGUUAGGGAUUUGUCGCCGAAAAAAGGAGAACACAACGUAGAAAUAUAUCUGUAGUAACUGGACUCGUCGAAGCUUGAGAAAAAGUGCUUUAAAAUGGCAAGAGCCGUGACAUAUGUUGGUUCGAUCACGCUAAUUGUAGUCUUCAUGAUGUACACAUCUCCGGUAAAUGGUGACAUAGUCAAGAAUCACACCAAGGGUUAUUGUGUGUGGUACGAUCAAUGUACAACUGGGGACAAGCCGAAGAAUUGCCUUUACAAUGGACCGGCCAAGAAUUUAACCAAUCCAAAGGGUGUGCAGAUAUUGAACAGUUUAUGCCCAGAAUUGAGGGAUCAACCAACUUGUUGUUCAACCAAACAACUGCAAACGUUGGAUGAGAAUUUGCAAACGUUGAUACAACUAACCGGUCGUUGUCCCGCCUGUUGGAACAACAUGAGAAGGCUGUAUUGUCAGCUUACCUGCAGUCAGGAUCAGUCGCUUUUCAUGGAUCCAACUAUGGUGUACCCUUCUAUUAAACAAUAUAUCUUGGCAGUUCAAUAUUUUGUUUCACCUCAAUUUAAACAGGGUCUGUUCGACUCCUGCAAAGACGUCACUUUUCCUGGAAACAAUGAGAAGGUUUUGAGUCUCCUUUGUGGUACUACUGCCGAGCUGUGCACUCCAGAUAAACUCCUUGGACACAUGGGAGACCCAAACAAUGGAUUUGCUCCAUUCACUCUCGAUUUUCCUGACAAUCUAACUUCAAAUCUUUCAUGGAUGAACCAAACUGUUUUUAAGUGUAACCAGCCAUUUGUGAACCCACAAACAAACAGGACAGCAAGUGUUUGUAGUUGCCAAGACUGUCAGUCCUCCUGCCCUGUACGUCCUACUGUACCACCUAAAGUAAACCCUACCAAGAUUCUUGGAAUGGACCUUCUCUCCUUCAGCCUGCUUGUAGUUUAUUGUUUCUUGCUGAUUUGCCUUGUAAUCAGCUUUUUAUACAAGUUGGUUUUGAGAAAAAGCUACCCCACAGUGCCUGAUCAAUCACAGCGAUACAACAGCACCUACCCUCCAAUAUCAGGAUCCUUGCCGCUAAUGGUGGAUUCUCGACCUGGUUGUUGUGAGCAGUUGGGCAGCAAACUAGAGUCAUUUGUGACUCGAUGGUUCACAAGAUGGGGUGUAUGGUGCAGCUCUCACCCGUUCUAUGUCAUUGUUGGAUGUAUUCUUGUUGUUGGAAUUCUUGCUAGUGGAUUGUUCUAUUUCUCUGUCACUACUGACCCUGUGGAACUGUGGUCUGCUCCAGACAGUAUGGCACGCAAACAGAAAGAGCUUUUUGAUAAAAAGUUUAAGCCUUUCUAUCGCACUGAGCAGCUUAUAAUAAGCUCAAGAAAGCCUGUCCCCACAGGCUAUCAUCGCUAUGGAGACCAAAAGUGGGUUCCCUUUGGACCAAUCUUUCAUCUAGAUUUGCUAAACCAGGCUUUAGAUCUUCAAAACGAAAUUACCAACAUGCGAGUUCACUAUGAAGACACAAACAUCACAUUGCAAGAUAUCUGCUUCCAGCCUUUGGCCCCUCAGAUUCAAGCUUGUACCAUACAAAGUGUCUUUCAAUAUUUUCAAAACAACAAAACAAGGCUGAACAAGUGCUUAACCAGCAUGGGUCAUAACUGUAAAGAUGAUCCACACGACUUCAGGGAAGGUGACUUUCAUGAUCAUAUACUAGCUUGCACAGAGUCGCCCACAUCUGAAAAUGAACCUAAGUUGAAAGAACCGUGCUUGGGUGCUUAUGGUGGACCUGUGAACCCCAACAUUGCGUUAGGAGGCUUCCAUAAUGGUGCCUAUCAAAAUGCUACAGCCUUGAUCAUAACCUUCGUUGUGAAUAACUUCAAAGAGAAGAGCAAGCUAUCCAAAGCAAUGGCAUGGGAAAAACAGUUCUUAGAUUUUAUGCACAGAUACACGCAUAACAAGUCCAAUAACAAUCUUACUAUAAGUUACUCUGCUGAGCGUAGCAUUCAAGACGAGCUGGACCGUGAGAGCAACACUGAUAUUUUUACCAUACUGGCCAGCUAUAUGAUCAUGUUUAUAUAUAUCACUAUAGCUCUGGGACAGUUCAAGAGUUGUGACAGAAUUUUGAUUGACUCCAAAUUUACCCUUGGAUUCAGUGGCAUCUUGGUAGUGUUAUUCUCAGUUCUUUCUUCAGUUGGCUUUUGGAGUUUUGUUCGUGAGCCAGCAACUCUCAUUAUCAUUGAAGUGGUGCCAUUCCUUGUAUUAGCAGUGGGUGUGGACAACAUCUUCAUUCUUGUGCAGGCAUAUCAGCGUCAGGAUCAACAUGCAGAAGGGGAUGUACCUCAUAAAAUUGGGCGUGUUUUGGGUGAAGUAGCACCAAGUAUGCUCUUAACCUCUUUAUCGGAGUCUGUUGCAUUCGCAAUAGGUGCAAUGUCAACUAUGCCAGCAGUAAGAAUAUUCUCACUUUAUGCAGCAGCAGCUGUUUUCUUUGACUUCUUGCUCCAAGUUACAGCAUUUGUGGCCCUGAUGUCUUUAGAUGCUAAACGCCAAGAGAACAACCGCUUGGAUGUUUUGUGUUGUGUAAAGCAGCCAAAAGAUGACAGCCAAGACCAUAUGAUUUGCGUUUAUACUUUCAUGAAGAACUACUUUGCAGAUGCACUAUUGUCAAUGUGACUUAUACCAUGUAUGUCAAACUUAGACUUUUUUUUUUUUCAUUAUUUGCUUGUAAAGAUUGCCCUCUUCACUGGUCUUCUGUUUGCAAGCAUUGCAGCUAUCCCUCACUUAGACAUUGGCCUUGAUCAAGAACUUGCACUGCCCAAGGAUUCUUACCUCUUGAACUGGUUCGGUGACAUGAAAGAAUAUCUACAUGUUGGUCCACCUGUGUAUUUUGUGGUUAAUGGAGGCUAUGAUUAUGAACAUCCCUCAGGACAAAACAAGAUUUGUGGCUCGGCAGGCUGUGAUUCCUCUUCUUUAGUACAACAAAUCUACAGUGCUUCACUGAUCCCUGAAGAAUCCAAGAUAGCUAUGUCAGCAUCUUCUUGGUUAGAUGACUAUUUCAGCUGGAUUGAACCUAACAGGGAGAACUCGUGUUGUCGUAUUAAGUACAAAAGGAACGAGACAUGUUUCCACACAACAGUAAUGCCACCUAACUCAACUAACACAACAACUCCAGCACCUGCUGUCAUCUGCUAUAAUGAAACAACACCUGUAGUGCCUUACGUCUUCUGUAAUGCAACAGUUGAUGAUGACCUGUGCAAACCAUGCCUGAAUUUAAGCCAAAAGGGUCAGAGACCAACCCCAAAGCAGUUUGAUAAGUUCCUGCCAUUUUAUCUCAAGGACAACCCAGAGACAAAAUGCACCAAAGGUGGUCAUGCAGCAUAUGGCGACGCUCUCCUGUUUGGUGACAAAAGUGAUAAGUACCCUAUUCAAGCCUCUUACUUUAUGUCCUACCACAAAAUCCUUAAAACUUCACCAGAGUACACAGCAGCUUUGAAGAGCGCUCGUGAAAUUGCGAAAAACAUCUCGAAGACACUUGGCGUGGAAGUGUUCCCAUACAGUGUAUUCUACGUUUUCUACGAACAAUACCUUACGGUUGCGAAUGACACUUGGGAAAAUCUUUUGUAUUGUGCAGCUGCCAUCUUUGUGGUGACCUUCCUUCUCUUGGGAUUCAAUUUGAGCAUAGCGUUGAUAGUAACCUUUACAGUGGCUAUCAUCAUUGUCAAUUUGAUGGGUCUGAUGUACAUAUGGAACAUUUCUCUAAAUGCCGUCUCGCUUGUCAAUCUUGUAAUGGCUGUUGGUAUUUCAGUAGAGUUCUGCUCCCACAUUGCGCGGGCUUUUACCGUCAAUGCACAACCAUCAAGAGUAGAAAGAGCCAAAGAAGCUCUAGCAAAAAUGGGCAGCUCAGUUUUGAGUGGAAUUACGUUAACAAAGUUUUCUGGGAUCUUAGUGCUUUACUUUUCUAAGUCUCAAAUAUUUCAGGUUUUCUACUUCCGUAUGUAUGUUGGCAUUGUAAUACUGGGUGCUCUUCACGGGCUGUUACUCCUUCCUGUUUUGUUAAGUUACGUUGGCCCAGCUCCCCGAAAAGUUCCUCCCACAACGACUUC